CAAGUGGCCACCCCCGGCUUCGAUAAUCUGCAGCUACCCUCCUGUUACAUGCAGGCAUUUGUUCCUUCUCCCAGCUAUCGGGAACGAGCAAAAUGGCCCUGGGUACAAGGUACCUCUGAGGACGGGAGCACCAUUGAAUAUCAAUUACGACGAGUAGACUAGCAGGUGGACUAUAAGCUGAAUGGCGACACCAAAUACGUGUAGCAAACAACGACGUCUAGUAGGCUUGCGUAGUAAAGCUGUGUGUAGGUAUUUCGUCGGAUAUGUACUGAUUGAGCGGGAAAAGAAACAAAACGAAAAGCAGCAACGCGUUGUCCAGUGCCUAGGCCUCGAGCUCCAGUCCCUUGCUCGUGCAAUGCAAUGCGGUGUAACCGCGUCCCAGGUACAUGUUCCUUUGGAUACAUGUACCAACUGCGGCAUUGUCUGCGGCAUAUUAAUAUGAAUCCAACUGUACUCUCGCAAGUAGCCUACAGCGCCCCGAGGUGCUCUCGCAAGUCCUAUCAUUGGAAACAAGAAAGCAGAGAGAUGCACAGCAGAAAUGACGACACUGGCGGCGACGUUUCCAAGGUCCAGCUCGCCUCAAUCUUGUUCCAGUCCUUGGCGUAAUACCUACAGGGGCAGAAGCAGAGGCAGAGGCAAUGACCGGGACGGUAUAAGACGGGGCGGCGUGUGUCAGCAAGUCAGGCUUUGCUGUUUCUUGU